AUGGCUACUGUAACUGCUUCACUUCGUCUUCAACCUAUAUCCUCCCUCUCCUCAUCUUCCUUUACUCCUCCAAGCUCUAGACCUCUCUAUCUCAAGUUUCAGACUUCUCACCGCGAAAAUCUAAUACCUCUAUUCCCUUGGAGUAAUCUCUUAGAAUCAAGACUUGCUCUGCUGGUGGACAACCUCCCGCACAUCCUCUCCGUCGUGAACUUCCUAAAAUCUGAAGGAAUAUCCGACGAAGAUUUCCCUCGCCUCGUCGACCUCUGCACACAGCUCUUCUCUCUGACUUUCUCCAUCUCCGAAACCGAUCAAUCCCGUCUUCGAUUUUCUCACCGGCGAGCUCGAAGUUGUUCCCGAUUAUUAUGCGAUUGA